AGAGAGAGAGAGAGGUAUAUAAGAGGCUAGGGUUUGGGGUUUUGUGGGUGCCAUUGUCGCAGCUGCUGUUAUUCGCACCGCAACGCAAAGCAAACAGUGAGCGAUGGCCGUCGGAAAGAACAAGCGCAUCUCCAAGGGGAAGAAGGGUGGCAAGAAGAAGGCAGCUGACCCCUUUGCCAAGAAGGAUUGGUACGACAUCAAGGCUCCUUCUGUUUUCCAAGUCAAAAAUGUUGGCAAAACCCUAGUCUCUCGUACUCAGGGUACCAAGAUUGCUUCAGAAGGACUCAAACAUAGAGUGUUUGAGGUCUCGUUGGCUGAUCUUCAAGGGGAUGAGGAUCAUGCAUUCAGGAAGAUUAGGUUGAGAGCUGAAGAUGUUCAAGGGAAGAAUGUUCUGACAAAUUUCUGGGGAAUGGAUUUCACAACUGACAAGCUGAGGUCAUUGGUGCGAAAAUGGCAAACUCUCAUUGAAGCCCAUGUGGAUGUGAAGACAACUGAUAAUUACACUUUGAGGAUGUUCUGCAUUGGAUUUACCAAAAGAAGAGCUAACCAGGUCAAGAGAACCUGUUAUGCACAAUCCAGCCAGAUUAGACAGAUCCGUAGGAAGAUGAGGGAGAUCAUGACCAACCAGGCAACAUCCUGUGAUUUGAAGGAGUUGGUCCGUAAGUUUAUUCCUGAGAUUAUAGGAAAAGAGAUUGAGAAGGCAACAUCUAGUAUUUACCCUCUGCAGAAUGUGUUUGUUCGUAAAGUCAAGAUCCUUAAAGCUCCCAAGUUUGAUCUUGGAAAACUGAUGGAGGUUCAUGGUGAUUACUCGGAAGAUGUUGGUACAAAGGUAGAGAGACCUGCUGAUGAAACAAUUGCAGAGGAACCCACCGAAAUUGUUGGAGCUUGAUUUAGUGAAGAUGCAUUCAGUUUGUUUUAGGUUUCCUGUUUCUAAUGUUAUCAUUGAAAAUUAAGUUCAAAACUUCUGUUCGAUGUUUAUGUGUAAGGCGAGUGAACCAGUUUUGUUUUGACAAUCAGAAGACAUUUUUGUCUCGCAAUAUAUAUAUCUGGGUUUUGUUCGGGACCCAAAAUUAGAUCCGUGCUUGCUUAUAGUGAUAUUGACAUCAUAUCAUUCUUAAUAUUAUGCAUUUUUUUGUCA